AUGAAAUAUUUAGCACUCAUAUUAGUGUUGACCCUAUGGUUAGCUGACACCAACGCUGAGAAACUACACGUUUCAGUGAACCGACAUUCUGGUGGUCGUAUAGUUGGUGGUGUCGAUGCCACGGCUGACCAAGCACCAUUUCAAGUUGCACUGCAAUCAUCGGGUUGGUUUGGUUGGGGGCACAGAUGCGGUGGUUCACUGGUUGGCACCCAAUCGGUAGUAACUGCCGCCCAUUGCACUGAA